UGCUGCAGAGAACUCGGUGAUAGCCUCUCCCGGUUUUUUUAUGUUUAUGUUAUUUAAGAGACGUAGAUUUGAGUCGAAAAUUACCCGAAAGUUGGAAGUUAUGGUGCCCCCGUAGGGUUUCUCAGUUUGGGAACCGUCGAGGGCUCUCUAAUCGGCGUAUGAUGGUACAAACAAAAAUAGCCUAAUCACGAUGGAAUACGAUUAUAACGCUUUCCGUAAAGAGUCGGAUUUUCAUAACCGGUGCUGCGGGGGCGCGUUAUGGUGCAUACGUGACAUAUGCGGCGUGAUAUGCGCCCUGCUUACGUGGCUCCUGAUUUCCUACUCAGAGUUUGUUGUUAUGUGUGUGAUACUAAUUCCUAGUCCCUACCCUGUUUACAGCGUCAUAAACGCUAUUAUAUUCCAGACGUGCGCCUUUUUGGCUUUCGCGUCGCACUUGAAAACCAUGUUCACCGAUCCGGGCGCCGUGCCCAAGGGCAACGCGACCAAGGAAAUGAUUAAACAGAUGGGUUUCCGUGAGGGCAGGGUUAUAUUCAAGUGCCCGAAAUGUUGCAGUAUUAAGCCGGACAGAGCCCAUCACUGCUCUGUCUGUCAGAGGUGCAUUAGGAAAAUGGAUCACCACUGUCCUUGGGUGAACAACUGCGUAGGCGAGAACAAUCAAAAGUACUUUGUACUAUUUACCUUUUACAUUUGUAUCAUAUCGCUCCAUUCGCUGUUUCUGGCGGUGAACCAGUUUCUUAUGUGCAUCCGGCACGAGUGGAAAGACUGCGCCAGCUAUUCGCCGCCCGUUACCAUUGUGCUCCUCCUGUUCCUGAUGUUCGAGGCGUUGCUGUUUGCCAUUUUUACGGCGGUGAUGCUCGGCACCCAGGUCCAGGCGAUCUGGACCGAUGAAACUGGCAUCGAGCAGCUGAAAAAGGAGGAAGCCAGAUGGGUGAAGAAAUCCCGCUGGAAAAGUAUCCAGGCGGUUUUCGGGCGGUUCUCGCUGCUGUGGUUGUCCCCGUUCGCCCGGCCCCGCAAGUACAAGAACGAGUACGAAUUUUAUUCCGUUUGAAUUGUAUAAAUGAUUUGUUAGUAUUAUUUUUUUUUUAUUACGGAGAAAAACGGUUUUUCACUUGUGAUAAUUUGAAACGUGUACAUUAAACUUCCACAUUCUCUCUCCCGCGACGAGAAGGUAUAUCACAUUUUCGUUUGUAAGGCUGAAUAAAGACUUCACUAUU